AUGGCUCGGAGGGCUGAAGAAUCCGACGCCAUGCUUCCCAUGGCCGAAAAAUAUUCGCUUGAGCCUGAAGAUGCGGCCAUUCUGCCUACCAACCCGACGUCUGCAGCUGCGGCGCUGCCGGUCAUCACCACUGCCUCUGCGGCCUCAGCUCCGACGGCAGCGACCUCUGCGCCAACUACUGCGGCGCCCCUGGCCGCCGAAGCGGCUGCACCCAUCGCAAAGGUGUGA